CCGCCGCCGUCCCUCUCUCAGCUCCGCCGGGCCGCCAGGAGGCGCCGGGCUGGGCCCGCGCCCAUCUUGUCGCCGCCAUCGUUACCGCAUCCUCCCGCCCGGGCCGCCCCUUCCGCUGCCGCCAUCGCCGGGACGCCAGGCACCGCCGCGCCAUGUCGUCCCACAAGACGUUCAAGAUCAAACGCUUCCUCGCGAAGAAGCAGAAGCAAAACCGGCCCAUCCCGCAGUGGAUCCGCAUGAAAACAGGCAAUAAGAUCAGGUACAACUCCAAAAGGAGACACUGGAGAAGGACCAAACUGGGCUUGUAAGAGAGACUGUCUCCCGGGAACUCUAAUAACACUUGUCUUUCUGCGUCAGAUUGAUACACCCCCACACACUGCUGGACAUCCCCUCAGCCAUUCCUUCUGUAGUGUUGGACUGCAGUGCCCAGUUGUUUUUGCAUAAACUGGUUUGGGUUAAUGAUUUGAAUGGGAAUAAUCUUGAGGCGGUUGCCAUCUGAAACAUGAAGACUGUGUUCUAUUAGUGUUCUUUCUUUCAGGCAUCCUAAGUGUUGACAGUGUACGAGCUUGUUAAUAAACAUGGACCUGAA